GCGGCCCGCCGGCCAGCGCGAACGGGCACUUCCGGCGCGAACCGGCAUUUCCGGUGCGAACAGCCUCAUCCACUCUCUCCCGCGGAACCUACUGAGCGCGGCUGGUGACCCAAGCCCUGCCGCCGAGCGACUGCGGCCGGCACGGCGACACCAUGGAGCGCCCGGAUAAAGCGGCGCUGAACGCACUGCAACCUCCUGAGUUCAGAAAUGAAAGUUCAUUAGCAUCUACGCUGAAGACGCUCCUGUUCUUCACAGCUUUAAUGAUCACUGUUCCUAUUGGGUUAUAUUUCACAACUAAAUCUUAUAUAUUUGAAGGCGCCCUUGGGAUGUCCAACAGGGACAGCUAUUUUUAUGCUGCUAUUGUUGCAGUAGUUGCCGUCCAUGUGGUGCUGGCCCUCUUUGUGUAUGUGGCCUGGAAUGAAGGCUCACGACAGUGGCGUGAAGGCAAACAGGAUUAAAGUGAAUGUCACCUUUUGAUAGCAUUACACUGAUUUUUUAAAAUGGUAAAUGCUGGAAUGGGGGACAUCUGAUUUGAAUAAAGUUAAAAGAACAUGUUAAAGUCAGUCUUAAGGAGUCAUGUUUGAGUGGUGUAAAUUUUGAUCCUUCUAAUAUGUUGGUUUGUAUAUUCAGUUUUCACUGUAUGAAUUUCAUUUGCAAAUGAGAAUUUGGAAAAGUUAAAUUAGUUACAAAUGUUAAUUUAGUUACACAUUAUUCUUGAAAGAAUUUUAUCUUCUUUCAACAAAACAUGUUUUAUAGUAUUCUGACUUAUGGUUGCCUUUGAGUUUAACUCCGUUGGAUAUAUUAAGAUGCACACAGUGAAGCAAAUUAAACUCCGCUUUAUGCUGGAAUGCUUUCCUUAGCAUGAAAAUACCAAGUCCUUGGAUUUGGAAUUUUAAUUUCCUAUGGAAAGUUGCUUAAAUUGUGGACACUGGAAUUUGAAUGUCACUAAGGAAUUUCACAUAAAGUGUAAUCUCUAGUCAGUAGGAAUUUUCCAUUACAUGAUUUUAUGGGAAAACUAGGCUAAAUCACAUCCAUUGAGGUAAAAGGACUUUAGCUUACUGAAAGAUCUAGAGAGCAAAACAAAGAUCCUACCACUCAAACACUCGGCCUGCUUCCUUCAGGUCCCCUUGCAGGACAGCUUUGUGCUUUGCAAACCAACUUUAAUGAGAUACUUUGCUUCCUCAUUCAACAUUGAAGCUAGGCUUCAAUUAAAAGGUUUGAGGAUGCUCCAUUUAAAAUUGUUUUUCCUACUGUUUUUUAAAAUUGUAGUGUAUAUGAUAGGAAUUUGCAUUUAAAUAUGUUCAUUUUUGCAUAUGUUAAGAAUGGAAAAAAUCUUGAAAACUUUUUUUUUUUACCCAAAAAAUGUUCUCCUUGGGGUUAUCUGAUGGAAAAAAUCCUUGAAUUUAUUUUUGUAUCUUUAGUCUGUGUACUUUCUAGUUAUUUGGUACUAAUUGUGUGCAAUCAAAAAACACUCCCCAAAGUAUUUGUUUUUUUAAUUAUAAAACAUAAUACAUGUCCUUUAUAGAAAGCAGGAAAAAUACAUAUUCACACAGGAAAAAAUAAUCAAAAUUUCCCAUAAUGUUGCCAUCUAAAAAUAACCUCUAUUUUAGUUUAUAUUCUGUAUGCAUUUUUGAAAGCCAUUUCUUAAUGCUAGUUUGAUGCACACUGAAAGUUUAGUUUACAAGUUCAAAUUUUGCCAGCUUUUCCUGACAGCUAUUUGCACUUUUUCAGAUGAGUGAUUAUUGGCCAUUUUCUUUUUUUUUUUUUGAGACAGAGUCUCACUCUCUUGCCCAGGCUGGAGUGCAGUGGCAUGAUCUCUGCUCACUGCAACCUCCACCUCUGCCUCCUGGUUUCAAGCAGUUCUCCACAUCAGCCUCCUGAGUAGCUGGGACUACAGGUGACUGCCACCACACCCAGCUAAUAUUUUUUUGUAUUUUUUAGUAGAGACGGUUUCCCCAUGUUGGCUAGGAUGGUCUUGAACUCCUGACCUCAGGUGAUCUGCCCACCUCAGCCUCCCCAAGUGCUGUAAUUACAGGUAUGAGCCACCUUGCCGGGCCUUGUUAGCCAUUUUCUAAAUGAGCACAUUCUGUCUUUCUUCUCUUAAAAUUCAAAUUUUCUGUUACUGAUAAUCCUAAUACUUAGGAUUCUUGCUUAAGCAUUUGAAACGAUUACCGAUUUGUUGUUCACAUUAUGUUUUAUGUUGUGAAAUUGGACUAAAGGAAUAGAUGAAUGAUUAGUCAUAAAAGUUAAAUAGGCAUUUGUGUUUAACUGUUGAGAAAAGUGAAAGAUCGGUAUGAUUAUUAUGGAACUUUUUUUAAUUCUUGCUUAAAGACUACAAUUUUAGUAUAAUGACAUUUGAGUCUAGAGUAUUGUGUGGCAGAUUUCUAGAUGGUCCCUACUUAAGAUGUAUUGUUGUAUUUAGAAUUGUCCACCUGAUUUCUUUUUAUAUAAUGCCAGGUUUUUCUCGUGCUUUUGGGAUCUUAUGCUGUUGUAAAAUAUUACUGUCCAAUGUCAGAUUAUUUUGUUUGGUUUCAGGCAUUUGCUGAAUAGGUAAUGAUAUAUGGUAUUUUUCUGCAAGUAUUUAAACCAGGGACACAUGCAAAGACAGUUGUAAUUCCCUCUUCGAAAAAGCCCAAGUGUUUGAAGGUUAAAAUCGAAUAUUUAGGAUCAUUACAAAAUAGGCUUGUUUUCAUAGCAGUUAGUUUGUUCCUAGAGUUUUAACUGUUAACUCACUAGUUUGCUGCUGUUUUUAACUAAGUCAAAUAACAUAAGGUAUUUGACAAAUAGAUUUAUUUUUCAAGAUGUCUCACUAGUUUCCUUUUACAUAAUGUAUAUACUUCAAGAUGUAUAGAAAGGAAAGCUACAGUUGAGCCCUUACACAUGUUUUAAGGUUGGAAUAUAUUCCCUAUUGUUUGAAAACCAAUUGUAAGAAUAACCUCAAUUGGGAGGUAUAACUUGAAACUACUGAUUUCACCCCAUUUACGGUACCACAUUACCUUCCUCACGUGUUUUGCCCCCGAGAAUGUAGUCCUUUUUCUCAGUUGUGUUGAAAAAUGAAAAGUCUGCUGUAGAGUGCAUCUGAUGUUAUUAGCUGUUCAAAUGGAUACCAUUGUACAUAUAACGGUAGAAUUAGGUUUUGGGUUGUUAGUGAAAAGAAAUUUAAGCUUGCCGUUAUAAAAAACUAUGUUUCAGCCAGGCGUAGUGGCUCACGCCUGUAAUCCCAGCACUUUGGGAGUCCGAGGUGGGCAGAUCACCUGAGUUGAAGACCAGCCUGACCAACAUGGAGAAACCCUGUUGCUACUAAAAAUACAAAGUUAGCUGGGCAUGGUGGCACAUGCCUGUAAUCCCAGCUACUCAGGAGGUGGAGGCAGGAGAAUCGCUUGAACCCAGGAGGCAGAGGUUGUGGUGAGCCAAGAUUGCACCAUUGCACUCCAGCCUGGGUGACAAGAGUGAAACUGUGUCUCAAAAAUGAAAACAAAAAAAACUGUUUUAUGGAAAUUCUAACAGAAAUAUAUAUAUAUAUAUAUAUAUAUAUUUUUUUUUUGAGACAGAGUUUUGCUCUUCUUGCCCAGGCUGGAGUGCAGGGGUGUGAUCUCAGCUCACUGCAACCUCCAUCUCCCAGGUUCAAACAAUUCUGCUGCCUCAGCCUCCCGAGUAGCUGGGAUGACAGGCACAUGCAACCACGCCUGACUAAUUUUUAGUAGAGAUGGGGUUUCGCCAUGUUAGCCAGGUCGGUCUCAAACUCCUGACCUCAGGUGAUCCACCCCCCUCUGUCUCCCAAAGUGUUGGGAUUACUGGCGUGAGCCACCGUGCCCAGCCUAAUAAUUAGAACAUUUUUAUCAUGAAAAUCUCAUCAGCUUUGCCAAAAGAAACAACUGAUUGACUUGUUUGGCGUUUGUUUUCCAUUUUCAAGUGAGUUUUAUAUAUACAGUUAGAAUACCCAAGGAGACCAGUAAAAUCAGUUAAACAAGUAGGGUGUAUCCAAAGAAAGAUGAAACCAGAAAGUACAUAAAAAGGAUUUAAAUCCCAUUUUAAAUGGACCUAGUAUGUAUUUCUUACAUCUAGACAAGCUCAUUUUUAUUGUUUAAUUUAUGCCCAAGUGAAGUUAUAAACUUAUGGUUCAAUUUUGACAUGGAAUUUGUCGCUUGUCUGAGGUCAGUGGUAGGUUUCUCUGCUCUCAAGCACUCUGUCACCCACCAGAUUAGUACAACUAUUAAUUGAGACUCUACUCCUAUGUUUAAGAUAAUUUUUACAAGAGCUGGCUGAAGCAGCACGUUAGUAACCUGACAAGAUUUCUUUUUCCCUUUUCAGGGGAAAGAGUCACCUUGAAAAUUAAUUGUUUUCAGGGACUUUGGGAAUCUAAUGAUAAAUAUUACACAUAAUCUAUGAAUAGCUUAAUCCUGUAUAUUUUCAUUAAGAUAGGAAUUCCUUGACAUCACUCCUGGCCACACUUUCCUUGCCUGUGUUGUUGUAUGUGUAUUUGAAAGUAACAUCUGCAUUCCUUUGAAGAUGUUCUAUGGGUCAUAUUUGUCGGUUAAACAGAGUAGUCUUCCUUUUCCAUGUUCAGUGUAGUCUCACUGAACAGUAAUAAUAGCAAUAGCUAACAGCAUCUGCACAGCACCUUACAGUUUGCAAAGAAUGUUCACACAUUCUCUUUGAGUUUUGCAUAGUGAACCUGUUACAAGAUGUCUCUUGACGUCGAUGCUAAAAGUGUUAGAAUCUUUAAAUCACUAGAGUCCUUGAAUAUGCUGUAGUAUUUAAUAGUGCCCUGACUAGGGGAAGGAUUUAGAUGUGCUAUAUUUCAAGCCGUGUAUAAUGAUCAGAAUGGGGGGCUUGAGUUCUUUAGCUACUUGAAUCAGAUUUACUUUUGUAAGUGAUGCUUUUUUAACUGUUAUCUGGAUGGAUUUUGUAUUCACUAUAUUGUAGCCUAUAAUUUGUAUAAAUUUACCAUCUGUUGUCAUUAAAAAACUAUCUGUAAUGCUA